AACUGAGAAGAAACCGAGACUUACAGAGAGGAGAGAGAAAGAAAGAAUGGUCAAACUUUACCGGUGGCGCCGGUCAACGGUUGAUAAACUCCUCUCUUGCUCUCUCUAAAAUCAUCUCUUUUGGGGUUGAAUUUUCUUUAAGGGAUAUCCUCUGCCAUUUUGGGAUCUUGUUUCAAUCUUCUGAAGAGAGAAAUGGCUAUAGCUCCAAGCCUUUGAAAGUUCUUUGAUUUGUCGAUUCCAAACAUUCUGAAUAAACUCAAAGGGGCAAUCCUCUGUAUUUCCCCCUCUUUUCUCCUUCAAAGACAUGCCAGCUACAUAGAAUCUCCUUCAGUGACUCUGCUUCACAAAAGAGACUCUAAAGCUAAAGAAACCACAAGCUACAAUAGAUCCUCACAAUGAAUAAGGAGCAACGUUCUCAUGUACCAAAGUUUGGCAAUUGGGAAAGUGAAGAAAAUGUUCCUUACACAGCCUACUUUGAUAAGGCCCGAAAGGGCCGAACUGGAACAAAGAUCAUAAAUCCAAAUGACCCCCAAGAGAACCCGGAUAUGUUUUCUGAUAAUGCAUCUGAAGCUCAAUCUCCCCCCAGAACCAGAGCUGAACAGGAGGAAUCGAUGGGGCAGCAAGUAACACAUGAACACCGGUUGAGCAAGGAAGAUGGUGACCAAAAACAGGUCACUGAUUCUCCAGCCCGUAAUGACAAUUUGGGGAGAAGACCUUCUACUGAGUCUACAUAUCAACGCCAGGGAGGUCGGGGAAUGAAUUCUGGUGAAACUUACAGAAAACCAAGAACAAGUGGCGGAUCUGAGCAUAGCAUUGAUAGGUCGCCACUUCAUCCUCAUCACCAGGCCAGGAUUGCAGGAAGAGGUACUGGGUCACCUUCCUGGGAAGGAAAGGGUUCAUCAUAUGAUAGCAGCCAUGGCACUCCUGGAAGAUCCCGAAUGAAACCUACUCGAGGCGAUGAAAGUCCUGACAAAGGUGCGGCUGUUCCAAAAUUUGGCGACUGGGAUGAGAACAACCCAUCAUCAGCAGAUGGUUAUACUCACAUUUUCAACAAAGUGCGGGAGGAGAGGCAGACUGGAGCAGCAACAAGGGUACCGGGCAUGGCUUCUGAGCCCUCUUAUCAAACCAAUCGGAAGCAUAGUACCAGCAGUUCUAAGAGCUGCUGCUUUCCAUGGGGCAGAAAAUGAGGUCUGUGAAAUGUGUGGAUGAAUGCAAGGGUUGUGGAGCUGUAAAUAUAAUAUAUACAUAUGAAGUAGCUCUUUUUUCAGAGUAACUUCCUAAAAUUGUAUUUUUUUUUCUCUCUUUUUGUGUGCUAUGCUAUGAUAAUAAACUUGAGAUUGGAACAACUUUUUUUCUCCCUCUAUUUUCUAUUUUCUUCUUUUUGGAUUUUGUCUUCAUUGUAAUGUAAUGAACAACUUAUCUCUCAUUGCCCAAUUAUGUUGAGCUGGAAGAAAACCAGAUCGAGAUUCUUUUAA